GAGAAGCAGAAUUAAAUUAAGCCAUGCCUUUUCUCGUCCAUGAAUAAAAUACGACUUCUCACUUUCCAAUCAGCUAGCUAUUCUUCUCCAGUCCCGUAAGAGCAUCCUAUGGAAAUAACCUCUCCUUCAGGGCUUCACCUAUAACCACAUGCUUUGCCAUGCUCAAUUUUUUUCAAUUUUAGUUCCUUUCCUUCUUGACUCGCACUCCACAAUCUAAUUCUCCAUUUCCCAUUUUGACCUCUCCAGCAUUCUCCAUUUUGGCUAUACUUCUUAGAAUGUUUUGUUGGCUUGUAAUGUGAGAGCAACAUGUUUCAGUGCUUGUCUAUGGUUGUCUGAACUAAGCAUCUUUCUGUCCUUUUUCCCUUCUUUUUGUUUCUCUUGCUUUACUAUAUACCUUCCAUGCUUUCUCCUUGCUAACUUUGAACUACACAGGGUUUUGAUUGAAGCUUAAGAGGCAUGGCAGAGAAGAAAAGUAGUGCAAGAGAAGAAGUGGUGAUCAAUGUUCCCAGUGAAGAAAAUCCCAAAGGGCUAAAAGGGUCUCCUGCAAAGGAAUCAGAGGCAUUGGACCCUAAGCAAAAUGUUCAAGUUUCAGCCACCAAAGCAUUUGGUCCAACUGCAAAUAAGCCACCAAAAGUCCCAAGUGCAGUUAAUGAGACCCCCUUUACUAGAAGAAGGUCAUUUGCUAAACCCAAGUCAAGAUUUGGGGAACAAUCUUAUAUUUUUGAAACUGAUCAAAUGGAAGAGAAUGUUUUAGCUAAUGAAGAACAAGUUGGUGGAAAUUCACCUUAUAGACACUCCUUUAGUAAGGUUUCCCCUAAUAACAAGUUGGGGAGAAGUGUUAGGACUGAUUCCGCGGUGUCGAAAACGUCAACAAUGGCCUCUACAGGCCCCAGUGGAGAAAGUGAAUAUGAGGAGAUAAUUAAGAAAGUUAAACUGCAUAAUGAGAAGCUUAAAAGAGUGAAACCUAAGGUUGUGAUUGAGUGGCUCAUAUUUUUGUUACUCUUGGGAUGCUUAAUAGCUAGCUUAACUUCAGAUGAGCUGCAGAGCACCCAUUUUUGGGGUUUGAAAACUUGGAAAUGGUGUGUGCUUGUGAUGGUUAUAUUCUGUGGUAUGUUGGUUACUCGUUGGUUUAUGCAUCUUGUUGUUUUCUUGAUUGAGAUCAACUUUCUACUACGGAAGAAAGUCCUGUAUUUCGUUCAUGGUUUGAAGAAGAGUGUUCAAGUGUUUAUAUGGCUGAGUUUAGUUCUUGUUACUUGGGUUCUUUUGUUUCUUGAUGUCGAGAGAUCGAAGACUGCCACGAAAAUUCUCGAUUACGUUACCUGGACUCUUGUAAGCAUUCUCAUUGGAGCUUUUUUGUGGUUGUUGAAGACUUUGUUGUUAAAGAUAUUGGCUUCCAAUUUCCAUAUGAAUAAAUUCUUUGACAGAAUACAAGAAUCAGUCUUCCACCACUACAUACUUCGGACCCUUUCGGGACGUCCAUUAAUGGAGACUGAUGAAAAAUCACCACUUCAUUUGACUGUUAGCAAUGCCAAAAAGGGUAAAGGGGGUAAGACGAAAAAGUUGAUCGACAUGGGAAAGGUCCAUAAAUUGAAGCGAGAAAAAGUUUCAUCUUGGCACAUGAAGGUGUUGGUUGAUGCUAUCACCAAUUCAGGGCUCUCCACAAUCUCCAACACCUUAGAUGAAAGUACUUAUGAUGAAGGUGCCGAACAAGCUGAUAAAGAAAUCACUAACGAGGAGGAGGCACAAUACGCCGCGCAUCAAAUUUUCUCGAACGUUGCUCGACACGAAAGCAACCACAACCACAAUUACAUAGAUGAGGUUGACCUUUUAAGGUUCAUGAUCAAAGAGGAGGUAGAUCUUGUGUUUCCAUUGUUUGAAGGAUCAAACACCGGAAAAAUUGACCGAAAAAGUUUCACAAACUGGGUGAUAAAGGUUUACAAGGAUCAGAAAACACUAGCACAUGCUUUGAGUGACACCAAAACAGCUGUUAAGCAAUUGAAUAAACUUGUAACAGUAGUCCUUGUUGUUGUUACUGUCAUCAUAUGGCUUCUUUUGAUGGAAAUUGCAACCACAAAGGUGCUUUUGCUCCUUUCAUCACAACUUGUAGUUGCUGCUUUUAUGUUUGGAAACACCUGCAAGACUAUAUUUGAAGCCAUCAUAUUUGUAUUCGUGAUGCAUCCAUUUGAUGUAGGUGAUCGUUGUGUGGUUGAUGGUGUUCAGUUGUUAGUUGAGGAGAUGAACAUUUUAACGACUGUCUUCCUGAAGCUUGAUAAUGAAAAGGUGUACUACCCGAACUCUGUUUUGUCUACAAAGCCUAUCAGCAACUAUUACAGAAGCCCCGAUAUGGGUGAUGGUAUAGAGUUCUCUAUUGAUUUUAUGACACCAGCAAAAACAAUAGGCAAGCUGAAAGAAGAAAUAAGGAAGUAUUUGGAGGCCAAUAGUACCAUAUGGCAUCCUAGCCACCUUGUGGUGGUGAAGGAGAUUGAGAAUGUCAAUAAGUUAAAGAUGGCUCUCUAUUGCAAUCAUACAAUGAACUUCCAGGACUUCAGAGAGAAGAACAAGCGUAAAACUGAUUUGAUCCUUGAAUUGAAGAGAAUUUUCGAGGAGUUGGGCAUAAGAUACAAUCUCCUUCCCCAGCAUGUGAAUCUCAACCAAGUCAAUCAAGACAGGCCUGAUGCGACUUAUGCGACCACCUGAUCCUUACCGCUUGUUGCUCAACAAUGUUCUAUAUCCAAGGGGCUGAAACAAGCAGAUACUACUAUCAUUGCAGCUUGGCUAAGAGUGGCAAUGGGGCCCUGUAGUUGUAAUCUAACAUGGAUUAGGGGAAAAUGAUUAUUGCAGAAGACAAGUUCCAGCCUAUAUACAUAUACAUAUGGUUGUGUUAGAUUUGAUAUGUAAGCUUGUAUUAUAUCUAUGAACCUGUGGAGUUAAGACCAAUGCUCUCAAGUUUUGUUUUCAUUAUAAUUCUAUAGAUAGAGAGAGAGAGAGAGUCAAAUUUGGAUGUAAGCUUGUAUUAUAUCAAUGGACUUGUGGAGUUAACUUGUGGAUCAA